AUGCUAACCAUAUAUCACGCCUCCAGUUCAUAUCCAAAUCCUUCGCCCCUUCUGGACCUUCCCAAUGCACCUCCGCCUCCUCUCUCGCAUGGAGAUAAAAUUCCGCGCCCUCCUCCACCUCGCAUUCUGCACAACAUCCCUCCUCUCCUUCUCCGACAACGGACACCCUCCCCCAAAAUCAUCAUCCCUCCCUCUCCUUCUCCCAGGCCAUCAAACCUAAAUACUCCUCCGCACCCUAACCGCAACCUCCAAAGCUAUCAUCUGCAAACUCUCCUGCAUCUCCCUCCACCCAAGAAUCCCAAGAAUCGAUGGGCGGCGUAG